UUUUCGAUUAGGCUAGGGUAUUUACAUUUACCCAAAAGUACUACCGAUCGCAGGUUUAUAACAUACUAAAGCAAAAGUUUUUCUUUAAAAAACCGUAAAAGACUUAGACGAACAGAGAAUUUCUAUCUCGACGCGUCGCUCGAAAUUUACUGCCCACGAAUAAUUACAUGGUUACUCGUGUUCUUCUGGAGCGGCAACCGCAUCUGCAGAUUUUAAAAUCAUGAUGGAAGCAGCUCAGUCUGCGCUAAUGCUGUUAUUAUUCGUGGUACGCACACCUACAAACUUCGCUCAGCAGGAUGCAACGAUGGACAAUCGUGCAGCCGGGAAAUCUGUAGUGGACGCCGUCAUUAAACGCCUUGAUCGCGCCAAUAUUUUCAAGACGACAGAAACAUUCUGCGCCGAAUUGCUUGUGCGGAAACGCAGUACGGGCAAAACGCUAUAACUUUUACCGAAAGCAACUGGGGCGGCAUCUGGCAGGUCACUGCCGCAGACUUCGAGAGAACCCAAAAUACGGAACGAUAUCCCCACCUUAUGCAAUUACACGACAACAUAAAAAAUCUAUGGAAUGUACAGUGGAAAAGUCUCGACCGCCGUGAGCUGCUGAAACCUUUCUACUCAGGAUUAGCCGCUCGUCUAACGGAAACUGCUGAGCACAAGCCGAUCCCGGUACUGAUAUCCGCUCAAGCCGAUUAUUGGCAGACAUACUACAAUCCACUGGGUUCACGGCCCGCGUUCCAGACGGCCGCCACAUCGGACGCAUGCGAAUCGCAGUGUCCAGGACGUCUGGAUAUCUGCAUUAUGAUGGACUCAUCCGGGAGUAUUGGCUUCCUGAAUUUCUUCCUGGCUCGGGUGUUUCUUAAGGAUCUGCUUGGUUCAUUUGAAGGAGGAUCGGCGCGGGCAGCGUUGGUGGUCUUUUCCAGUACAGUCCACUUGACCUUUCCACUGGACACGAACAUGACGUGGAGCGAGAAACGGCUAGCGGCGCUCGACACAAAACUCACACCGCACUUACGGGAUAACACACACACGGCCGCUGCUAUUAAAUAUUGUAUCGACAUGUUCAACAGCAUGCCCUCCAUUCCUGGCGUACCCAAAAUUAACCUGGUUAUUACCGACGGGCAGUCCAAUGAUCCCGGUCCCGAAACUGUGGCAGAUACAGCACCCUUGGCGGCCGCUGCCGGUAUAUCAUCCUUCGCUGUCGGUGUGGGUGCGGAAGUGGUACUGUCGGAACUGUUACAGAUAACCGGCAAUCACCGCGAUCGUUUACACUAUCUGGACAGUUUCCAGGACCUUGCCGAAUUUUUUCGCCAGCUGAAUCAAGAAACGUGCGAAAUACCACAGACUCCUCGGAUAAAUGAUAAGAUUAGCGAUUCUCUUAUUCGAGCAGAAAGGCGAUAUUUUCGGUAUUCGGUGAGCGAAGAAGGUCUCCACAUAAGAAUUUCAACCACUGCCGGUAAAACAGCUGCCUAUUAUUCCUAUGCGGAGAAGACGCCUUCGGAUGCGGUGAAUGAUGGAAAAAUCGACGAGAUCACUGUGAUUCCUUAUCAUAGGGCUAGCACUACAUCAGCAUCCAGAUUCGAUUCUGCAGGAAGCAGCAGCGAUUUAGUAGAAGUUUACAUCACCGUUGUUGGAAUGUCAGAAAAUAACAACUACACCAUACAAGGCACUACGCAUAUGACAAACGCGGUUUCGGUGCCAAAUCAUUUGUAUAAAAUCGUCCUGUUUAUUUAUGGUUGCCUACUGUAUGUGGGAAGUGUUUUAAAUGCUGUCGUUUAA